UUAGGUUGCGUUGGACGUCGCUCAUCAUCAACUUUUGCUACUAGACGAGCCUGCAAAAGCUAGUUAGCGGCUACAAAACACAAACAUUUCGUGGCUUAUUUGCUCCCCGGUGUCGUGCAUUCGUCUCCCUCCUGAAAUUCAGGCUGGGAUCUGGAGCUGUGCGCGAAGCAGGAAAAAUUCCAUAAGCGACGAGGAGACUCCAUCUUCGGGGAGAGCCAGCGAGGCGGCGGAGAGCUAGCGGGCUGUGCUGCUGCUAGGCUAACUUUCCUACAGCCAGCAGAGCGAGAGCUGGAGCGAAGCGAGCGCGCGGCUUGCUGCUAAACGGUCCACCUGACGAUACUUUCGUUGACUACAAAAGACUCCCAGCAUGCUGAUGGUGGGAGGCGAUGGACGGAAGCACUAGAAUGAGUGUGAAGGAGCUGUGUGAGACGGAUGACCUGGCCACCCGCUUGGUGCUGGACCCUCUGCUGGGCUUCAGCACCCACAAAAUGAACAUCAGCCCCCCACCAGAGAUCCGACGUUGGGGUAACCUCAAAGAGACCCUUUUGCGGUUUCAGCGUACGCAUGACUUUAACGCUACAUUUGAGGCUCUGACGGUGGGCGAACUGGCUGGUGACUACUUUAAUGCUUUGGGGAGCCAUCGACAGGAGCUGCUGAGACAACAUGUUUAUCGUUACCUCAGUGCCUUCCUGUUGGAUAGCGGUGUCAAGAUAGAGUCCUGUGACAGAUACUCCUCAGAGACCAACGGAGCAAAGAUAACCUCCACUAGGCACUGGUUUGUAGGAGAGCGGGUGGAGGUCCUGCUGGGCUGCAUAGCAGAGCUGAGCCCUGCUGACAGUGCUGUGCUGAGGGCAGGAGUCAAUGACUUUAGCGUGAUGUAUUCCACACGUAAACGCUGCGCUCAGCUCUGGCUUGGGCCUGCAGCCUUCAUUAACCAUGACUGCAAACCAAACUGCAAGUUCGUCCCUGGUGAGAAGAAUAUCGCUUGCGUUGAAGUGAUUCGACCCAUAGCACCUGGGGAAGAGAUCACAUGUUACUAUGGUGCCAGCUUUUUUGGUGAAGGCAAUGAAAUGUGUGAAUGCUGCACCUGUGAGAGGAAUGGAGAGGGUCACUUCAAACACAGAGGGAAACAGCCUGAAUGUGAGGAAACAAAGGACCCCGUGGGUCAAAAGUACCGCCUGAGAGAGAGAUAUCUUCGUCAUCACAGAGAGAAAGGUCACUUUUCUACAAGGCCGGUAACACCAGGAAUACACUCGGGAAUCUUUAAAGCCAUCCCCUCAAGGAACUCCUUCACUCAGCAGAUGAGGAGAAAUGCCUUGAAGAACAGAAAACUGAGUCAGACAAAGAAGUGGAGGCAAGAGAAGCAAAGACGAUCAGGAAAGCACCCACUAAAGACCUCCUCUACAGCCAAACAGCGGCGGACUGUUCCACUUUUGUCCCAGGUUACUCUAAAGGACCUUAGAGUCAGAGUGCGGCGCCACUCUCUGGAGUUUUUACUCAAUUGUAAGGAUCCAAAAAGCAAAGAGAGAGCACUCCUGCUACAACUGGAGGAAGUGAGGCCAAGCGAUAACCGGCCGAGGGGACUGAAUAUGACUGGGGAAGAAAGUAAGGGCAGUACGGUGAACUUGAAGCCUUUCACUCUGAAUUCCUCCAUGUCAGUUUGUCAGAAAAGCAGACCUGCAGUAAGAGGCGCAGGUCCUAAUGGGAGACCCGUCAGAGUGGUGGGCAGGAAGCCCGUUCACAUGAGGACCUCUUCAAGAACAAAAAGCAUGGUUCGCACCGCCUUCACACACCAGACGAAGUCCAGUAACACAACUAACACUACAACUGUUUGCCAUGCUGAUGAGGUAGACAAAAUCUGCAGUACAGUAAAGCAAGAGAAUGUUGAAACUGCAGUCACAGAAAGCCAGAGUGACACGUGUGGCAGCGUCGAAACCAGCAUCAUCACCACGACUCAGAAUCCAGCUGCUAAACAAACUGAGUGCAAGACUAUCAGAGCUUCAUCUGCGAGUAACACAGAUGGAUUGAAGAAGACUGGAGACAAUCCACUAAUAUCUCUGAAGCAAUACCUUACAGUCAAUCUGACAAGAUUGUCAGUGCCACAAAGUUCAGAAGGUGGAAAAAACUCUGAAGACAGGAAAGAAAGAGGGGAAGUAAGAGGAAGGAGCAGGCAGAGCCAGGGUCCGGGUCCAGCAACAGAAAAACGAAUGUCCAGAUUUCAGCAGAGGCAGAGCAGAAGUUCAGAGAUCUGCACGGCUGACGGUAACAGAGGGGUGAGGGAAAUGUUUUUCAAGGCCAUAGAUAAAGGUAGCGUAAGGAAGCGGCAUACAAGCGAGAACACGGGUGACUCAUCCCACAAUGAGAAAAAGAGGAGCGACAAAUGUAUCAAAAUACAAACGGCUUCAGAAGAUGAGACUGGUUUUAUAAGAAAGGAGCAGCAGGAGGUUUUAAAAGACAAAACAGAAGGGCAGAAAGAAGCCGUAUCAAAAGCUGUAGAAGGUAAAAGUAACAAAAAACUGGAAGAAGUGAAACAGUCAGAUUGCAAAAUGUCCAGUGAAUGGCAAAAAAACAUCCAGGGUGUUAAAAAUACAGCCGGGGAGGUUUGUGUGCAGGAAGGAGUUCUUGAAGGAUCAGAACAAAUUGGUCUGAGUAAUCAGCCAGCAAGUAGGCAUGAAGAUGACAUUGUUAUAAAACAGGCAAAGGUUCUGCUAUCUGAUAUUUUAAGGAAAGAUAAGUCAUUAAUAGAUGGGAGAUUAAAGGGAGAUAAUGUAGGACGAGGGUUUUCUACCUCAGCCUCCAAAGAGAGUGUUGAGGAGCAAGCAGAACAAACUGAAAUAAAUGGAGGUAGGUACCAUCAUUCAGUGCAGAGGAGGAUUAUAAGGAGACGAAAGAUAAGGCCCAGAGCAGUGAAAAGAAAAGCAGAAGAUAAACCAAGCACCAAGGGACACUUGAGCAAAGACGUUUCAGCUACAGUUAAGACUGAGUUGAGUGAGGGGAGUUUGGAGCUUAAGUUGCCGCAGAGGCAAAAUGACCCACCGGCCACUAGCCUCAACCCACUACCUCACAAGUCACUUAUUUCGGCAAAAGCUACGAUUACUCCAGACACCAACACACCAGCGCACACACAGUCCAACAUACCUCUGAAGAAACGUACAUUUCGCAGUUCAGAAUUAGACUCUGAACAAAGUCUAAAUUCUUCCUUAGAUCAGGUUUCUAAAAAUGCUGCAGAGUUGAAAUCGCCUGCAGUGGUAGGGCAGGACCUAGCCCCUUCUUCAGGGGAGAGUGGCAAAGUGAAAAGAGAGAAUAAAGUCAAAGUUAGGAGAACAGAAAUGCAGCGGUUAGCCCCCAAAAAGAUUGUGAAACAAACGCCUUUUAACAGAGUCCUUCGCUCUAGACCUGCUGAAGCUCAGCGUGGCCAUUUACUGAGGAAUGCUCGUAAGUGUAAGUUAGAGAGGCAGGACGAAGGUGAUGUCAGGAAAGCACAGACACUAGAGAGUAAUAAAGAGAGCGAACCUGCUGAGGAUGUCUCUGAAAGCCCUGCUUUAGAUGAAUCUCAAAAUAAAAAUCAGGUGAAAACAUUGAUGCUUGAACAAAGCGGUUUAGAAGAGAUGAAUUCAGACUUUUUUAAGAUUCGACUAAAGAGGAGAAGAGGGAAAGUAUGGGAAAUGCAAAGUGCAGGAUUGGAAAAUAUGGCAUUAAAAGCAGAAAAAGGAGACGAGUUGGUGGAAUUUGAUCCUUUUAAAGCUAUUAUGGAUUCAGUAUCCAUUUUAAACAUGGAGAUGGAGGCAGCUCAGGCUCACGUGCAGGCUAGUAAGAAGUCAAAAAACAGAUUGCAUCGUUUGAAAAAAAGAGGGGAGAAGCUACAUGAAAAGCAAGCUAUAAAUUUCUCUGCUAUUUCUGCAAAAUCAGACAAAGACCUUGAAAAUGUAUGUGGGCCCAGUGAAUCUGCCAGCAACAAAGUAGAGGUUAAAGAGAAAAUCGAUAGGGACCCUGUGGUUGGAGUCAAGCAACUGCCAGAAAAAACUGAGAGUCAGAAAAAUGACAGUGCAUUGUUGUCAGCGGUAGGGCAGGAAACAAAAAUCGAAGACGGUUUUGUAAAGAGUUGCUGCUUGUUUGAAAGUGGGCCACAAAAAAAGCAAGAGCUGGAAUUGGAUUUAAAUGGUUGUCCAUUACCGGUAAUUAAACUGCGGAGGAAGAUGGAGGAUAUUUGGGAGGUGGACAGUAAAGAGGAGCUCAUACAGCCUGAUCUAAAAGUAGAGACCAUUAUUAAGACGGAGAUGAAGGGGCACAUUUUAGGUAAACAAAAAGGAUUUCCUGAUUGUUGCAAGCUCAAAGAAGAGUGCCCAUCUUCUCAGAGACUGAACAACAGCUCUCUGAAAACAGAACCGCCGCCAUUUUCUUUGUCUCUCUCACCGUUGUCUCUGUCCUCGCCUCUCAAUGACAGUAAAACUGAAGUUGCAUCCUUGGCUGCAGACAGAAUCACUGAAAGGCCAGAGAUGAUCAGCGGAGGAAGGAAACAAAGGCACAAAAUGGACAGAACACACAAGUGUGGGCCUGUCGAAACACCCACCACUUGCCUUAGUCACACUCUCCAGCAAAUUGACAACAGUCUCUCUCGGCUUUCUGAGGGCCUGUGUUCAUCUCAGACUUUGGAAAAGCCCACAGUCUCUUCUAAUUCUGUCAUCCAGCCCCCGUCACAGUCUCCCCCGUUUGCAACAGCAGAUAACAUGCUUUCUAGUGAGCCCAGCUUCACAAACUGCUGUGAUGACAUUCUUGACUUUCAGUGUCUCAACUUUGAGGGGUAUUACCAGCCACAGAACAUACUUCCAUCGUCUCCAUCAGAUCUGUGUUCCCUGGAUCCGCCCACAGAUCCUUUCAGCAGUCCGCUCUCUCACAGUCCUACCGACACAUGGACCACUGAAACGCCAUACCUUGGCCCUCCGAGUCCUGGAAAUAACUUUACCAGUGAUGAUCUGCAGUUUUUUCCAGGCCUAAUGCCUUCCAAAAAUGACUCUGUUCCUCUGGAAUGUGAAACGAAGGAUACCUCCAAAGACAGAAACCUACCCAACCCCAGUUUCAGUUAUUCAGUCCCGGGCAACUCUGACUUGGUGGCUAAAGAUCGAAUUAUAAAUAAAAAUCUAGGAAUGAGGCUGUCCAGAGAAGACCUAAAAACUCAACCUUUAUUGGCACCCAGCAAACCUCGGUUGCUUGGUGCAGCAUCCUCUUCUGUUACACCUCAAAGUCCUGUUACUUUAAUCCAACCCCCCAUCAACAUAAAGCCCAGCACCAGCCAAUCAAAAACCCCGGCUAACCUUAAAACCCAGGGUCCCUUCCAUCGUAUGACCAUUCCCAAUAAAUCCCAGUCGUUUCCAAGCAGUCAGCCAAACACAAUUAGAGGAGUGUCCCAGGGCUGCUUAACAAAGUCCGUCCAGUCUUCUCAAAUGUCUAACAAAUUCCUCUCUCCUCAGCUGUUCACUGUGAAAAAUCCCAAUCCUCCUGACAAUCCAUUCAACUUUCCAGAGAAAACGUCUACGGUUAUUCACAGGGUGCUUAAGUUUCAGGGGGGCAACCAGAGUCAGAACUUGUACAGUGCACCCUGCAAAGACACCAUGGCUGCUGGCAGCCCGACCGUCACAGGCAGAAUGCUCGGUGCAAAACCAGGUGCUGUAGAGAGAACUCAUCAGAGUCAGAGGUUCUGCGUUAGUGCAGACAGUCAUCAGAAAGGCAAUGUACCUGUUCAGGGGUUUGAAAAAGACAUCCACCUUGGUCCCUCCAACAGGUCCAACCUUCAUUUCAAUAAACCCAACUCCCCAAUUUCUCAGUCUUACAGUAAAACUAAGAUGUCAUCAGACAAACAUGAAAGUGGUGAAGCCAACAUGGCAUACAAAAAUUUUUCUGUCCUGCCAAGGCAGUUCUUCUUCCCUAGCAAAAUGUCCGACAGUUAUUUGUCACCACAGGAAAAGAGUAUGAAACAGGAUAAAUCCACUGCACCGACCUCAGACAAACACCAGCCAUGUUACACUCAGCAAGAUCCUUUUGAUUUCAGUUUUGGCUCUACUCUUUCCCCCAUGUCUCAGCACAGCAGCCCCCAAGUGGUCCACAAUACACCACCUGGUACACCAGCACCAGCAAGUAAGUCCUCAGCCUCCUCAGCCUCUUUCCCUUAUGGCUAUCAAGGUCCUCCUUACGUACUAAACUUCAGUGGAGACCAUUCAUUGACCCUGGGUCUCAGGGACGGUGCUGAGGGCUACCCAGGACUGGGCUCAACAAACUACACCUACCACUGCCUGAUGGAGCCUUCAGGCACACAGGGGCGGCUGGUCGUUGAGCCCUGUGGACCCCAGCUGCCUAACCCAGCUUCUCUGGCUGGAUUUUCAGGGCUCAAAGGUCAGGAUGAGCACUGCAGGAAAGACAUGCAGCAGCAGUGUCAGCCUGGGGAACACCAAGGCACAUCACACUAUGGACCUGUUACAACAUCACACUCCAUGGGUGCCACUAAACCCAAGAGGGUGAGGUUAGUGGUGACAGACGGCACAGUGGACUUAGAUCUCCAGUACUCGGACUGAAUUAGUCCCUGGAAUUAUAUUGUAUCUCUCUCACAUCCAAAAAAAUGGUUUUGUAAAAAAUGAGCUAUUGAAACUCUGACAUUUUUCUAAAUAAUUAUUUUGAUUGAAUGGUAAUGUUAACUUGUACAGGGUUUUAUGUAAAACAAGCUUAUGAGUGUUUUAAUUGCUGUAUGAUUUUUAAAAUAGUGUGUUCACUAAAAUUUCCUUAGAGUACCAAAUUUCCAGUGUACAAAUAAAACAAAGCAUUAAAUAUAUUUGUGUCUGGGGGGGCCCUGUAAACAGGCACUCUCUGUGUACUGUAACAUAGUAAGUAUGAAUUUUUCUACACCAUGUAAAGCAGUGGAGGCAGGAGCCACCGUCACCGGUUGCUGGUACUUGUACUGGUGGGUUUUAAACGGGCAGCUUUGUGCCUCGAUCUUUGAUAUGUUCUUGUGACUUUUUGAAGUACUCAUCAAAACACCCUCUACCCUCGAUUUUAUACUCACAGUAAGCUUUUCUCACUUGGUGUGUGUGUGUGUGUGUGUGUGUG